AUGACUGCAGCUGGACCGGUGUCGGUACCGCACGGCUCCUUCUUUAAGUUUUGUUCAGAGAUCCAGGCUCAUGCAGAGGGACUGCUCAGAGUUCAAACCAGGGCAAACAGCACUGAAAAGCAGGUGGAGGCUCUGAGGAGAGAAGGAGAAGUGAAACGAGUGGCUUUCUCAGCUUCCUUGUUGACCUCUGGUUCAGGAACAUUUGGUCCAUUCAACACACCUUUGGUCUUCAGACAUGUUGUUUCAAACAUCGGAAAUGCCUACAACUCAAGUUCAGGUUUUUUCACAGCUCCAGUCAAAGGAGCCUACCACUUUGAGUUCUAUAUCUAUGGAGCUGGACAUGCUUCAUAUCCUGCAGCUGCUGUGUUGACCAGGAACGGAGAGCAUAUUUUUAUUGCAUAUGAACAUCAGUCUUCUCUUGCUACUAUAUGCUCAUAUGAACAUCAAACUAAUGGUGGGGCUGACUCUGCCAAUGGUGUCACAUUGCUGUUAGAGAUUGGAGAUGUUGUGUUUGUGCAUCAGUGGCAAAACACACAGAUUUAUGAUGCUCCCUACCACGCUACCACCUUCAGUGGUCAUCUGCUAUUCACCAUGUGA